AAAGAUUCGAGAUGAAGCAGAUCAUAUCACAAAUGAAAGCAACGUCUUCUCUAGUAGUUUCUGAACAUUCGAAUGAGAUAUGUCAGACGACGAAACUGGCAACAUCGUCAGAGAUCUGCACUUUGUAAGCUGGUUAGUUAAUUCAGAUUUAAAUGCGAAUCACUCCGACAGCAGUGAUGAUGACAUUGAUGAAAGGGGACUGAAGGGGUGCGAAUUAAUUCCCCUACUCAGUGACUUGGAUUCCAGCUUGCUUGACCCUGAGGAACAGUACCACCUGCCCCGGAGCAGUCCUGUCAUAUCCUGCAAGAGACUUCACACAGAGCUACAGACAGAACACCAGUCAUCUCCCGCUGGCCCGUCUUUGACACCUCCAGUUUGUGAUAGAUCGGCACUAUCCACCUCUUCAUCUUCAACAGUUAACUCCAACAAUUCACAUCCACAUACAUCGGAACAUCUAAUUGGCUUAGACGAAUGGGAAAAACCUUCAGUAGUACCCAACAAAGCUUUAGUAUCUAAGCCAGAUAUAAACAAAGACGAGUCCUCUCCCCCUUGUUGCCUUGGGAACUGCAGUUCACCCAAGGGGUCUAUAGGACAGUCAGAGUUGCUCACAGAUAAUUGUGGAACAAGUGGAAUUUCACCAGCCUCUCAAGAGCCUCAGUCACUUCCCAGUUACUCCUCUGGUGAGCUCAGCUCUGAGUCUGUUUCUAGAAGAUUGAGAGUCCCCAAAAAUAAGAGCCCCGAGUCAGGGCCUAAAAGAAGAGCCUGUUCUGACAUCCCAUCAGUAUCUGGUCAGAGGAGUUCAGGCCAAGCUGAGAAAAGUGGGUCAUUUGUUGAUGUAUACUGCACAAAAGACCUCUACAGGAGCAGUUUUGAAUUAGACCAGGAGAAUGCUCAUUUUGUAGUUGUGGAUAUGAUGCUGGAAGUGCUCGAGUCUGUGAAAUGGGUUGUGUGUCUGCAACAGUUAAACCUCACAAAUCCACAUAAAGAAAGACAUAACACACACAACACCACGAAAACCGACUCAAUCUCCUCCUUUGACAGCGGGUUUGAGGACUUCAGCUCAACAAACAGAUAUUCUUUGGCUUCUUUUGAGAGUCCUCUCCAGAGCUCCAGAAUGCCAUGCUCCGCAGAACAUUUAGCCCAUCAUUUAGUGUCAGAGAUCAGGAAGCAGUGGUUCCCCUCUGAGCAACUGCAUAACCCUGACAACCUCAACUCAGCUCUACAGGAAGUCUCUUUUCCCAUGAUGGCAGGGAACCGGAUCAGUCUAACUGAAGAGAUCAGGCAGAAGAGCAGGAUGAGAGGAACAUUAAUCUGGGCUCCACCCAGAUUUCAAAUAAUCUUCAGUGUUCAACCAAUACACAGACGCAGUGAUGUCAUCGCUUCCCAGCACUUCCUGUGUGCAGGAUGUGGCACUGAAGUAGAACCCAGGUAUAUAAAGAAAUUGAGAUAUUGUGACUACCUGGGUAGAUACUUUUGUGAUGUUUGCCAUGGUGGUGGUGAAUCAGUGAUUCCCGGUCGGGUUCUGAGUAACUGGGAUUUUGCGCGGUAUCCAGUUUGCCAUUUCUCCAGGCAGUUACUGGACUCCAUAUGGCAGCAGCCUCUCUUCAAAUUCACAAGUGUGGCAAAGAAGCUGUACAGCCAGGCCAAAGAGCUACAGCGUUUCAGGGACGUUCAGGAGCAACUCAUAUCCAUCAAAAAGCUUCUGAGCACAUGCAGACUAUCAGCUGGAGUCCAUGCUGAGUUUGAACAACUUCCUUGUCACCUGAUGCAGGAACUCCACCUCUUCUCCAUGGAUGACUUCAUCGGGGUGAAAAAGGGUCAGCUCUGUACCACAGCGAAAGCCAUACUGCAGUCUGCAACUGCUCACAUAGACAUUUGUGAGCUGUGUCAGUCAAAAGGUUUUAUCUGUGAGUUCUGUCACAGGAAGGAAGUGCUUUUCCCUUUUCAGAGAGACACCUGCAUUCGCUGCCAAGAUUGCAGAGCCUGUUUCCACAUCUCAUGUUUCCAUGAUGAAGCAUGUCCCAAAUGUGCCCGACUACAAAAACGAAAGAAGAUCCAGGAAGCCAUAAAUUAAUUAAUAAAAAUAAAAUUGCAUAAUUUUAAAAGUGGACCCUUUCAGGUGUUCAUAGCCCUAGAAUAGUUGCACUGACAUUUUAUAUGUAAAUGUAUUAUAUUUUGUAUAGCACAGAUUAAAGACAUUUUCAUAUUUGUAAUGAUUGUUGUACAUCAUUUUCCACUAAAUAAGCAUUACCCAGCAAUAA